AUCUUGGUACGGCUUCACCGUGCUUGAGACACCUGUUGCACUUGUGGCGUUAACAAGCGUGCUGCAUCUUACCAAUUCUCAAGAUCGUCAAUUUCGAAAAACCGGCACUUCACCGACCGCUGCAAUGCACCCCCACCAGCACCUCUCUAGAUAAGGGGUUUGCGCUGACCUCUACCCCAUCCACUAUGGACGAUGUACCGCAUGGGCUGUUGACAGCUCCAGGUGUGGCGCGCGCGACAGUCGGAACGAGCGCCAUGGAGGAUGCCGCGAUGCGGGAGCUCGACAGCCUCAGUCUGAAGGAAAUUCUGGAUGAAGACUCUCGGCCUACCUUCAUUAUCGACCUUGAUCUGGACUUUUUCAAUGAGAUCACCGCCAUUCGACCAGUCUUUUGUAAUGCCGCGCUGAAUUUGCACAGUCGGCUGCUGGACAGUAUUAUGGAGGCGCCAGAGGAAUGUAUCAACAAGGACCCCGCCGCAGCGACAUAUGACGAAUUUCGAAUCUGGGCAACAGGUAUCAGCAGGUUCAAUAACUCGAAAGAUAUCUUUCCCCUCACUAUCCUCUAUCAAGGCUUGCUCUGGACUGGCUCCACUAUUCGCAAAAGGUGGCGAAUAAUAUCUGGCAACGCCUUGUACCGUGCAUCCGAUAUUCCCAAGAAUGGGCUGUCUGCUGCCUUAUCGUUGCAACCGAGUAUUACCAAGCGUGAUUCUGAGGCUGCGAAGGCCUGCAAAGCCUCGACGCCUGUUGCCUUAGCACCUGAGAUUACAGCAUCUGCACCUCCGGCUCGUCCAGCAUAUCAGGAAUCUGACACGGCACCAGCGGCUGCAUCCAAGCCAUUCAGCAAAAUCACCAGUUCCAAAUCUUCGGGUAUCAAUUCGUCCGUAGCGAUACCGACACGAGACGAUGUUGUCCCUGACUACACGGUCGCCCGUCUGAAAGGCCCACUUACGGACCCACAUAUCUUGUUCAUCAGGAGUAUCGAUUGGGCAAGCACCUCCCUCGGCCAUAUGGACACAUGGUCACCGCAACUCCGAGAGGUCAUCAAUAUACUAAUUCGCAAUCCAUUUCCCACUGCAUUAUUCUGGGGUGAAGAACUCACAGUCAUCUACAAUGAGGCUUACAAGGUUGAAGUUGCUGGUAGCAAACAUCCCGAACUCAUGGGUACCGGAUUAUCAGGCCCAUUCUCUGAAAUCUGGGAUGGCAUCGCGCCUGUGUUCAAGAAGUGCGCUGCUACUGGAGAGGCAAUACAGCGAAAGAACGAAUCAUUACCGCUCGAUCGGUUUGGAUACUUGGAGGAGGCCUUCUUUUCGUGGUGUAUCACACCCAUGUAUGGUGGAACUGACAAGAUCUUGGGUUUCUACAACAUACCAUUCGAAACCACCUAUCAGGUGGUCAGCACCAGAAGGAUGCACACGCUGCGGUUCCUUAGCGAACGCCUCAACGCAACACGCACUGUGAAGGAGUUCUGGAAACGCAUGCUAGAGGGACUUGAGCAUAAUCCUAUUGACGUUCCUUUUGCGUUAUUGUACUCGGUUGUCGACAACGAGGAUGCAGACACAGCUUCUCACUCCUCGGACAGCACCAUCUCUCUGAAAUCCUGCUUGUUGGAAGGCUCGAUUGGCAUACCUGAAGGGCAUCCCGCAUCCCCACGAAAGCUCGAUCUGAAACGCAGUCAAGAAGGCUUUAUUCCAGCAUUCAGAGAAGCUAUGCGGACUCGCGAACCCACGACGCUGCAGACAAGAGAUGGAACAUUGCCGGAAUCGUUACUCGAGGGGAUAUCGUGGAGAGGCUAUGGUGAUCCCUGUAAAGAGGCUAUCAUCUUCCCUGUCAGACCGACAAACGGCGAUCAGGUGUUUGCAUUCUUGCUCGUUGGUGUGCAGCCUCGAAGGGCCUAUGACGACGAAUACAAGGCUUUUGCAGCUCAGCUCAACAGGCAAUUGGCGACGUCUCUCGCUUCCGUCAUGCUCUUUGAGGAUGAGAUGAAGCGAAACAGGAAUGCAGCUGAACUCGCUCGGGUCCAGCAAGAGCAACUCAGUCGAGAGCUGGCGAUGCAGAACAGCCGCAUGCGGCGUAUGACUGAGCUUUCUCCGCUGGGAAUGUACCUAUUCGACCCAGAAGGCAUGCUUCUUGAAGGCAACGAAAGAUACUUUGCGAUGACUGGACACGUAAAAGAAGACUACAAGGAGUUGUCAUUCCUGGAUCUGGUGGCGGAAGAAAGCGUAGGGGCAUGCAAGGAGAUGUGGCAGGAUCUUCAAAGGACUAAGAAAGCUUGUGUACGUGAGCUAAGACUGUGCAAUCCGCACGUACAGCCUCGAGAUCUUAGUGGCAACCGCAUCGAGUAUUGGGUACUGGCCAGCUCUUCUCCUGAGAUAGGCCCUGACGGCGAGAUCCUUGGCAUCAUGGGAUCCAUCGCCGAUAUAUCACAGAUCAAGUGGGCACAAGGCCUCCAGGAAAUCAGGAUACGAGAAGCCGAAGAGACGAAACGGCAACAGAAUGAGUUCAUCGAUAUCACAUCACAUGAGAUGCGAAAUCCUCUCUCUGCCGUUCUCAUCUGCUCAGAUGACAUUCGAGACACUCUUACUCAACACAACUUCGGCGAAGCGGAUCAAGGAGUCGUAGCUGACUGUAUUGAGGCAGCUAACAACAUCGCGUUGUGCGUGCAACAUCAGAAGUCUAUCGUGGACGACAUAUUGACUGUCUCAAAACUGGACUCUAACCUGCUGCUCAUCACACCAGUACCCGCGCAACCAAUUGCCGUUGUGGAGCGCGCCAUGAACAUGUUCAAACCAGAAGUUCAGGCCAAGAGCAUCGAUUUCACCUUCCACCCCGACCCUUCACUGACGGACCUACGUGUCGAUUGGGUCUUAUUGGAUCCCAGUCGAUUGCUUCAGAUCACAGUCAAUCUUAUCACCAAUGCUAUCAAGUUCACUCAGGCUGAACAGCAGCGGGCGAUAUCGGUGCACGUCAGUGCAACUUCAGCUGAGCCCGACACCUACGGGAAGGGUUUCCAGUUCGUACCAACAAGAGGAGUGCCUCUCCUCAAUGUAACAACAGGCGAAGACUGGGGUUCUGGCGAGCUGCUCUACUUGCGAGUCGAGGUACAAGACACGGGAUGCGGACUAACACCUGAAGAGAAGGACCUACUAUUCGAACGCUUUUCGCAAGCCUCACCACGCACGCACGCACACUACGGUGGUAGUGGCCUAGGCCUCUUCAUCUCGCGCCAACUCGCCGAACUACAUGGCGGUCAGAUUGGCGUGUCCUCUAAAGCAGGGGUGGGCAGCACCUUCGGUUUCUUCAUCCAGUGCAAACGCAUCAUCCCAUCGAGUCGACCAGGCUUGCACCGGACAAUAACAAGCCAAAGCACAGAUCACGCCGAGAAGAACCGCGAUCUUGCGGCAUCAGUAUCGGGUAUGGAUAUCAAGCCGCCUACACCUCAAGAGAUUUUGGCCGAAACACCAGGAACCGUUACACCAAAAUCUGCACCAGCCGGAACAGGGCCUCUUCACAUCCUCGUCGUGGAAGACAACAUCGUCAACCAGAAAGUUCUGGCGAAGCAACUCCGAAAAGCCGGUUGCGUCGUCUCGACCGCCGACAAUGGACUCUUCGCGCUCACCGAACUGAAGAAGACCGCUUAUUACACCCGGGACGGUGUGCCUCUUUCUAUCAUCCUCAUGGACUGGGAAAUGCCGGAGAUGAACGGCCUAGAGUGCGCACGAGAGAUUCGGCGCAUGCAGGCUGAGGGCGAAAUCCAAGGGCAUGUGCCCAUCAUUGCAGUCACGGCUAAUGUGCGCUGCGAACAGAUUGCGACGGCAAGGGAGAGCGGGAUGGACGAUGUUGUGAGUAAGCCGUUCAGGGUGCCGGAGUUGUUGGUCAAGGUUAAGGAUUUGUUGGAGAGCUUGGCGAUGGAGGAGCAAGAGGUAUGAGCACGUGUCUCCGAGGGAGAC